AUAGCGAAGAAGAAGAUAACUACCGAAGAAGAAGAACCGCUGCGUAACGUCCGUGCUGCUGUUCGGGAAGCAGAUACAGUUGAUCAGUAUCAAGGGAAAUGUGGACAUUUGGAGGGGCAUGGAACAGGUAAAGACGUCUUCAUGGAUGUUAUAAAGAGGAUCUCUGUGCAGCACCUUAGCAGGAGUUAGCUUGUCACAAAGCCUCCCAACCUGCGCUUGCUGCACCCUGCAGGUGUUGGCGUUUCUCCUGUUACUCUGGCUGAGGUGGCAGGUCAGGAAGUGCUACCAGGUGGGUGAGCAUAACUUCACUUGCCUACCCUGUCCAGCUUCUUCCAGCCUGAAGUGCAGCUCAACAGACAGACGGAGGGUCCAGCUAAGAAGCUUGGGGAGGAGCAUCCAGUCAAUCCAGACUUUUCAGGGUGUCAUUGACAAACCGCCCAGGUGGCGUUGGCUGGAGGAAGAGCAGAGCAUGUGGAGUGACUGUGGUUGCUAUGGAGAUGCAAGAUAACAAGAAGGGGGAGAACAGUGUGUCUCUGGGCCUCUCAACCAGUCAGGCCCUGGAGAAGCUCCGGGACCAGCUCAGCAGUCUGCUGGAGCAGCACCAUAGGACUGCACAUAGAAGAGCAUCACCAUCGGAGCAGUGGUUGAAUAACUUCCUUUACCAUGGCAAUCGUCAGUCUUGCCUCCAUUGGCCAGGAGGUGCCCUCACUCUACUGGUUGUAGUAGGAUUCUUCUGUUGCCAUGGUAGCCAGCCUAAGGGCAGUUGUGGUUUAGAGCUGGUAAACGCUGCAGCUCUACUCCUCCUGCUGUUGUUGAACCUGCUGCUGGUGAGGCAUCAGGAGAGGCUGAGGAGGACUGAGAUGGUCCAGCGCCUCAGAGGCAUCGUCACACAACUCAGCGAUUACCUGUCAGGAUGUGAUGGGGAUGUGAGGUGGGCUCCAUCUCUUUAUCCUGACCUGUACACUCCGUCGUCCCCCUCAUGGUCCCUCCACUGGACCUACCGGGACUCUCAGCUGGUUAACCUGCCUGUCAGCCUGCUGGUGGAGGGAGACAUCAUUGCUCUGAGACCUGGACAGGAGGCAUUUGCUUCGCUCAGAGGAAUCAAGGACGAUGAGCACAUAGUGUUGGAACCAGGAGAUUUGUUCCCUCCAUUCUCUCCACCUCCUUCACCCCGAGCCACGGAGAGGAGAGGACCUCAGAGCCCCCAGCAACACCGGCUCUUCAGAGUGAUCCGGACCCCUGUUCUGGACCUGGUCAGGAACAGCUUGGAGUCUGCUCUGUCCCGUCCAAUCACAGCGCUGGAUAAUGAGAGGUUUACUGUCCAGUCCACCAUCACUAAACUCAUCUGUCCUGUCGUGUUGGUCGCCUUUCUGUUGGUCAACACGGUCCGGUUCUUUUGUGAUGCCCCCAGCCUCACUCCUGGACCCUACAAUUUCAUUCAGCUUCAGUUGAUGGGUGUCCUGCCAAUCCUGCCCCUGCUCUUCCCGCUGAUGUGGGUGCUGGUUAAUGCCUUUGGAGAGGCCAGGGUCCUCGCCGAGUUCAGCCGAGCAUCUCCAGCUGGCCUGCUUGCUAAGUUCUCUGAGGACACUCUAAGCAGCUACACCGAAGUGGUUUCCUCCCAGGAAAUGCUGCGCUGUGUGUGGCGACACCUUAUGGGCAUCCUGAAGGGAGAAUCUCAGACCCUGUGUUAUACUUCCAGCCUCCUCCACACUCUGGGAUCGGUCACUGUGCUGUGUUGCGUGGACAAGCAGGGGAUCCUGUCCUGGCCAAACCCAAGUCCAGAGACCGUCAUUUUCUUCAGCGGCCGAGUGGAGCCACCCCACAGCAGCCAGGAUGACCUCCGAGACGACCUGUCGGUCACCUCCUACUGCAGGAUGGAGACGGAUGAGGACAGGGAUGAGGCCCAGGAAGCAGAGGCUCUCCUCUCUCUGCCGGAGGAGGUGGCCGCUCCGCUGGCAGAGCCUCCGGAGCGCGGUGAGACAUCACGUGACACGGCCCGCUCGUCUGAAACGCUGCGGCCUCGGCGGCCAUGCCAGCCCGCUCACCCUCGAAUCAAACACCACUCCGGAUCCAACGUUAGCUUCAGCCACGAUACCGUCGGAGGAGAGGACGAUCAGGGCCAGGAUUUUGCUGUGAACUGCUCAGAAGCCGAGGCUGAGGACUUUGUAUGCGACUACCAUCUGGAGAUGCUGAGUCUGUCUCAGGACCAGCAGAACCCAGCCAGCAUCCAGUUCGAUGACCUCUCCUGGCAGUUUCACCUCUCCUCCCUCAAGCCGCUUGGCCUCAACAUCAUGCUGAACCUCUGCAACGCCAGCGUCACCCAGCAGCUCUGCCGCUUCUCCGACCACCUGUCCAACUUGGCUCUGCAGGAGAGCAAUGGCACCGUGCUGCCCGUCAACGUCCCCUGGGGGCUCUGCGAGCUCUCCAGGCUCAUAGGCUUCACUCCGGGAGCCAGAGAGCUGUUUACACAGGAGAACCACUUAGCUCUGUACCAGCUGCCAUCUGGAGAGAAGCCCAAAGAGUUCACAUCCCGCCGCCUCCACUACUUCACCAAACGCCAGCCUCCCAUUGCCCACCUCAUCUCCCUGUUUGUACGGGACUCCUCCUCCAAUAAUGUCCAGAUGCUGUCCCACGGGUCUGCUGACCUGAUCCUGGAGGCCUGCACUGACUUCUGGGAUGGAACUGAUAUCUACCCCCUUUCUGGCUCAGACAGAAAGAAGGUUCUGGACUUCUACCAGCGUGCCUGUUUGUCAGGCUACUGCUCAGCCUUUGCCUACAAACCCAUGCAGGUAUCUCUAUCCAGCCAGCUGAAUGGGAAGUGUGUGGAGUUGGCCCCAGGCCCCUGCCUCUUCUCUGGGGUUGAGUUGCCUUCCACCACCCCCAUCAAACACAGCUCCUGCAGGAACAGCUGGAGCUCAGAUGAGGGAAUCGGUGAAGGCGUGGAGCGGGAAGACUGUGUCCAGGCCCUGAGUGGGCAGAUCUUCAUGGGCAUGGUUUCCUCCCAGUUCCAGGCUCGGCUGGACACAGUGCGGCUCAUUGACGCUCUGGUCACUGCUUGUAUCCGUUUUGUGUACUUUUCCAUGGAGGAUGAGCUGCGUAGCAAGGUGUUUGCUGAGAAGAUGGGUUUAGAGACGGGCUGGAACUGUCACAUCUCCCUCACCCCAAAUGGAGACAGUCCCUGUGACGGAUCACCAUCCAGCCCCAGUCAUGGCUCCCUGCAUGAAGACCUCCACCAAGACUCCCGGGACGAAGCUGAGGGUCCGCUGCUGCCAGAGGAGGAAGUCCACUCAGACCUGGCCAGCUUCCAGCCCACAGACAGCGAUGUGCCCAGCUUCCUGGAGGACUGCAACAGAGCGAAGUUACCUCGUGGGAUCCACCAGGUUCGUCCACACCUGAAGAACAUUGAUAAUGUGCCUCUCCUGGUGCCGCUCUUCACCGACUGCACCCCUGACACCAUGUGUGAGAUGAUAAAGAUCAUGCAGGAAAACAGGGAGGUUACCUGCUGCCUGGGAAGCUCUGCUAACUUUCGUAACAGCUGCCUGUUUCUGCAGAGCGACCUCAGCAUCGCUUUGGACCCUCUGUACCCAUCUCAGUGCUCAUGGGAAACAUUUGGCUACGCCACCAGAGGAGGGUUUAAUGGAGAUGCUGAAGGACUGUCUCCUCUGAGACUAUCUGGACAGCUCAACAGUCUGGGCUGUUCGGUCUCCUUCCACCAAGGAGACAGCGUGAGCAUGGUCAAACUCAUAGAGCAGGCUCGACACACAACAUCUGGCAUCCGGAAGUGUUUCCUGUUCCUGCUGCAAUGUCAGCUCAGUAUGGUUAUCAUCCAGUUCCUUACAUGUCUCGUCCAGCUUCCUCCACCCAUGAACACCACCGACAUCCUCUGGGUGUCCUGCUUCAGCUGUCCCCUGCUAAGUGUGUCUCUUUUGGGGAAGCCCCCCGACAGCUCCGUCAUGACUGUGGCCACAGGGAAGAACCUUGAUUCAAUCCCGAGGAAGACUCAGAACUACUUCCUGGGCUGUUUCCUGUUGAAGUUCGGCCUGACGGUGUGUACCUAUCUGCUAGCCUUUGGCUUCACCCUACAGGCCAUCUGCCCUGUGGGCAGUAACCUGACCUUCAGCGACAACACCACCUGGACCUGCAGGUCCAUUUAUACAGCCAGCUCAUCAGAAGAGGCUCCUGAUUGGUUCAGAAAACUGUCCAAUGGUCUGCUACUGACCCAGAAGGUCAUGGCUGGCUUCCUGGUGUUACACACAGUUGUUAUCUCCAUCAGCUACGUCCACCGCUCCAAGCCUCUGUGGAGGAAGAGUCCCUUCAGCAACACCUGGUGGUGUCUCACCGUGCCCGUUGUCCUGCUUGGCCAGAUCGUUCAGGCCACAGUGGAUUAUCAGCUGUGGCGUGACCGAGACAGUGUCCUUACCUAUGACCUGGCCAGCAUCCCUCUGGAAACCUGGCUGCUGGCCUCGUUGUCCCCUCUUCUGGUGGUGGUGGUCAACGAAGUCGUGAAGCUGCAUCAGAUACGGGUCCGAGUUCGCUACCAGAAGAGACAAAAGCUGCAGUUUGAAACGAAGCUGGGGAUGAACUCUCCAUUUUAAUGCUGGUAUCUGCAGCAGACAUGAAACCAUGGACCAGUUCUCCAGUGGACAGACUCCAAGAAGAAACCAGGGGAGGUUCACCCUUCUCUCGCUACGUUCCUCUGAGCUGGAGAGAAAUCUGAAGGAAGACCAGGCCGGCCUUCAUUACUUAAAACAUGUCAGGUUUUUUCUUUUCAUCCAAUUAACUGAUGAGUCAGCUGUUUAGAUGAUCUUUAAUGAUCAAAUGUUCCAGAAUAACAGAGACAAGAACUCAGUUUCAGUAUUUUAUUUUCUCCUUCACCUGUACGGUUUUUUACCUGUUUCUAUUCUUUUAACUGGGCUACAUCCCUUCAUUCUCAUCCUGAAUCUGGGUUAUGGUCAGGUUGUAUUUUACAGCUGCUGUGGAAGAAAAGAAAAAGUCUGAAGACAUUUAUGGAUUUUCUGAUGUCUCCUUCAGGUCAGAGAUGGACAUGGUUUUAGUUCACAGACUUUUGGAGCAGACUUUGGACGUUCAAGAAGUUGCCAUGGUUUCCAAGUCUAGAUGAUGAUGUCAGGAGAUUUUAUUCUCUCCAUCAUAUCUUCUGACAUCCGGUUACUGUGGUGGGAUGAACUUGACUGCUAGCUGAAGAGAAAAAGCAGCAGAAUUUAGCUUUAGCUGCUUCAUCCAGAUGUACCUUCUGAUGGUGGCUGAGGUCUGAUUUUACAUGUUCCUCAGAGAAAUGAUGAGCUUGGGUUGUUUGGUUCAGCUGCCGUUAGCUAACCUUGUUAGUUAGCUAACGUUACAUCGCUAACUGUCCAGUAACUGUAUAAAACAAAGUCACGGUGGAGAUUUACAGAAUGUGAACUUGCUGCAGCUAACAGGCUAAAUGUUUUAGUGCCUGUGGAACUUUGGAGGAAGGUUAAAAACACUGCAGGCCGUUUAUUCAUGAUCAGUUUUUAUUCUGAUGCUGCUUACGUUUACCUCUGAAAACAGGAUGCAGAAACGUUGCUGUGCUGACCUUAAAUCUGUGGAUGAAUUAAAGGUCAGAUCUGCACAGGAAGUGGAAUCAUUCUCUCACUCUCAGAAGAUUUCCUCUGAAAUGACUUUAGUCCCUGAAAACAGGGAGAUCAGAGGCUUCUGAGAAGAUGUUCGUGUUCACAAGAGAAGAAGAAACUGUAGUUCUCUCACCUGCAAGAAGCAAAACCAAUAAUAAUCCAGAGGGAUGAGAUGAGCUGAGAUUAGAUUAGAUUAGAUUAGAUUAGAUUAGACAUAUCUUUACUCAUCCCUCUUGGGGAGAUUUGGUUGUGUAUGUGGUAUACACAGAACCGAAAUAGAAAAAAAAAUCAGGAGAAAGAAGAUUCAGAGGGAAGUCUGGGGACGGGUCUGAACAAGUCCUCAAACUAACUUAAACUAUCAGAUCCAGCUCCAGAGACCAGACCACAGGAUCUCCAGUGAUUCAAAGCAAAGUCAGACUUCCCAGCACAGGACAUGACCGGCUGGGAAUGCUGUCUGGAAAAGCCAGCAGUUUUAUUCAUUCACAGAAGCAGCGUCUUUCUUUCCAGUGGAUGCAGCCGUUUCCUUUCUGCUGCUUUUGCUGGUCCAGACCUGUACAGACUGGAUGUCAGGGUUCAUCAGUGCCUCCCCAUCAAACUAACGUACAUGCAGGGAUCCUCCUUCCUGCUUGGGUGCAGAACCAACAUUCUUCCAUCCCACCUGCCCGAUAACGCGCCAUCACGAUUCCAGACUUGAUUUCAGCCGUAAAGCACACGGAUGAUCUGUUUUACAUGGAAGGGUCAUAUUUCUAACAUCCUUCACACCAGAGUCCUUCCUGAUCAAAACCUGCAUUCUAACAUUAAGUGAUCCAGGUUAUUUUCAGAAAAUAGGAACGUCUUUAACGUCUGUGCUUUUCUGACGAAUGUCCCGAGUGGUUUCUGGGUCAUCAGCUUGACCUGGUCUGCUGGUCCGGUUUGUCCCCCAUCCCACCUGCAGCUGAAGAAGCUUCAUGCUGAGAGUCGGGAGGAUUUCGUCAGCUUAAAAUAUUUAUACUUUUACAGCAUGGAUGGAGUUUCAUUCAUAGAAAAGAAAGAACUUUUUAGUUCAUGUUUGUUUUAUAUUGUAUGGAAGAAGUUUGAAUGAUGUGCUCAGGAUAUUUAACCUGGUUAACCUGGUUUACGCCAUAUUUACACCUGAGUUCAACCACCCUCUAAAUGUUUUCACAGGUUCCAGAUUUAACGUGAAUUCGUUUUUUUCCCUCUUCUCUGAUGUUGGGGUUGAGCAUUUCUCCUGGGGAUGGGUUUUUAACCUUCUAUUUAGGUCUUUCUCUGCCAUGACAACAUGGAUGUUUCUGCAUGACAAAGCUCCGGUGAACACUCCGCAACCAUGUCAGCUGUCACCGUUCAUUUGCUUCCAGAGUCUGAAGCUUCUUAGUGGACUUUCAGGGUGUUUUUGUGGACUGAUGGAAAACAAUGUUCACAAGAUGCAGAAAUGUAUAUUUUAUAUUUUCUCUGUUCAAGGCUUUUGACAGUUUGUGUAUUGAUUAUAUAAUGUUAAUAAAAAUCCUCUUUAUUUAUAA